GAGAAAAAAGAAGAAAAAAGAUAACUUUUUAGUUUUGGGAAAAGUAGCUUGCUUAGCUUCCCCUGUUUCUUCUUCCUUCUUCCGCGGUUCUAUUCAUUUUUCUCUUUAACUCUUUUGCUCAUUCGGAGAAUACCUGUGUUUGAAAAUGGGAGUUCCAGAGAAAGACCCUCUUUCCCAAUUGAGUUUGCCUCCUGGGUUUCGGUUUUUCCCCACCGAUGAGGAGCUUCUCGUUCAGUAUCUUUGCCGCAAGGUGGCUGGUCACCAUUUCUCUCUGCCAAUCAUUGCCGAAAUUGACUUGUACAAGUUCGACCCUUGGGUUCUUCCAAGCAAGGCGAUUUUUGGCGAGAAAGAAUGGUACUUUUUCAGCCCGAGAGACCGGAAGUACCCGAACGGGUCUCGACCCAACAGAGUUGCCGGGUCCGGGUACUGGAAAGCUACGGGAACCGACAAGAUCAUCACCACCGAAGGCAGAAAAGUUGGCAUAAAAAAAGCCCUCGUUUUCUACAUUGGUAAAGCUCCCAAAGGCACGAAAACCAAUUGGAUCAUGCACGAGUAUCGCCUCCUAGACUCUUCCCGAAAGAACGGCGGCACUAAGCUGGACGAUUGGGUUCUGUGUCGGAUAUACAAGAAGAACUCGGGUUCCCAGAAAGCGGUGGCAAACGGUGGCGUUUCGAGCAAUGAAUACACUCAGUACAGCAACGGGUCGUCGACAUCGUCGUCGUCUCACCUAGACGACGUUUUGGAAUCGCUGCCAGAAAUCGACGACCGUUGCUUCAACCUGCCACGUGUGAACUCGCUGAGGACGAUGCAACAACAGCAGCAGAACCUGGGUGCAGGGGGUUUGGUGGAUUGGACGAACCCUGCGGUUCUGAACACGGUUUCGGAGUACGUUACGGGUAACCAAGCGGUGCAGGAACAAACUCAGGGGAUGCUGAAUUACGGUGCCUGUAAUGACCUUUAUGUCCCUACACUCUGUCACGUGGACUCGACGGUUCCGGAAAAACCGGGAAAUCCGUUGGAGGAUGAGGUUCAGAGCGGCGUCAAGAUCGAACGCCUCCAGAAUCCCGGGUAUUUUCAGAACGAGUUCACACAGGGGUUUUCAAAUUCGGUGGACCCGUUUGGGUUCAGGUACCCGGUUCAGCCGGUGGGGUUCGGGUUCAGGCAUUGAACCGGGUUGGGGGUAAAUGUGUAAAUAGGUGGGGAUUCUUUGGGCUAACAGGUUGGCUUUUAGAUUCCAAAUAUAGGGAUAUUUUAGAGAAAGGGUGGAAAAUGGAAAAUGGAAAAUUUUGGUCCUUGUUUUCGGCCAGAUAUGGAGGUGGAGACGUUCAACGAAUUAAUCCACAGGAUAAAGCAACCGUUUUGUCUUCGAAAAUUAAUUGCUUGGGAUGUAGUUCUUUGCUCCACUGCACAUUAAUCACAUUUUGUACUUCAAAUCAACUACCAAUUGUUCCUAACAUCGUUAGUAAAGUGUAAUUAGCAAUUAGCAAUCAAUAAUAGUAUAUUAAUAUUUUACAUCGCUAAAAAUUAAUAUUUUAAUAUGCACGUGUAAAAUGAGUCACCGUUGAUCAAAUUCCAAAGGGUAGGUGCGUUACCAUUUACC